AUGAAAGAUAAAGAACUCAACUCCUUUGCCACCACUCUUCAUGAGCGAAAUGAUGCCUAUCUUUUCCUUGAGCGCGAGUUUGCUAACGUGACCCACAGUUAUGAUAAGCUAUUGGCCAAGUUUGACGUUUGCUGCGAAGCUGUCGAAGAAUCCAAGUCUGAAGCUGUUGUUGACACAUACAAGCUGGGCUACUUGGAUUGCAAGGAAGGAGUUGCCCUAUUUGAAGAGCAGGUAGUUGAUAAGGGUGCGACUGAUGAGCUUGUAGGUGAGGGAGGCAACAUCAAGGAGGGUGGAGCUGCUGAGUUGGUGGUCGUGGCUGACCUUGGUGAAAUCACCGAGCAGGUGCUGUGGCUGAACAUCCAGCCGCCGAGGGUGUAA